AUGUCUGACUAUGCACACGCCUCACUUGGGAUGCUGUCUGAACGAUCGCAGAUUUCCUCGACGAAGAAAGAGGAUGGAAUGCUGAUAACGAAAUGUAAUAUUUAUUGGCAACCUGCAGUGCUAUGGACUGUUUUAUCGAUGAGUCUAUUGAUUGAGGUUAGUUUCGGUCUAAUUUUCCAAUAUUAAAAGUCAAAUAGUCGUAUAACGGUGCGUCCAUCUCCGAAGAAAUUGAGUGUGUCAUCCCCAGUCAAUGAGCGCAAGUUGUCCUCACAGUUCCUCUCACCACUUUGCCUGGACUCACCUGCAUCGUAUCGCUCGUACGCUUCAUCAGCUAGUUUCGUAACAUCGAAUGAUCAGUACGAACAAUCGAAAUCGUUUAUGGAUGCAUCAUCGUACAGCGAUCGAAUAUCCAGCCAAAACUUGUCGGAAAUAAGUCGUAAUUCGUCAUAUAGUAAACCGAUGAGCUCCAUUCAGACCAGCAAACAGCUCGACAAGUUCAUCGCUGACAGUGAGUCGUCAGUGAACAAUGAUUCGAGGUGUAAUUUGCUGCCGAACAAUUCAUUAGGAUAUAGCCCAGCGCAACGCAGUUUUAUUCCGAUGAAAUAUAAUUUUAUUGAUAACGAAAAUUACGUUUAUAAUUUGGGCACACCUCUAAAUAGUGAUGAGGACGGUAAUAAAGACGGCAAUAAUAAAAACGAUCGCAUAGCAGUAACCUCUUCUCGUGUAUCAUUCUCACCGAUCUCAAUGAAUACGUCGAAUCUGAAGUUGCUGAAUGACGAAUGUCUGAUGAACAACGCUCAAACAAACCCGAAUCUGAUGUCUCAUUCGUUCAGUAACAACGACCUCGAUGAAAGCAUCUCGUUCAGAGUGGCCGUCAACACGCAAGCUAAACAGCAACAGUCGCCUAAGAGGACAUCCAGAUCAAGUUCACCGUUGAGUCGUCGUUCCGAGAGUUGUGAACGUCAUCGACUCUCAUCGAUAAGUUCUGCAGAAAGUCCUUCCAGUGAAUCUCACCAACAGUCAUCGUCGAACUCGAACUCACCUCUCAAUAAGCAGAUCACUUUUAUUUCUUCUGAAAUUAUGAAU